GGUGUGUUGCUUCUUCUCGCCUCAACCUCUGUCUUUCUCUCUUUCCCUCACCUCCUUUCUUGCCUCCCCUUCUUUUCCUCACCGCCCUCCUUUUCCUCUCUUGCUUUCCCUCGCUACGUUCCCUUGCACCUCUCUCGUGCCCCGCACCUAUCUCUGCCGGGCGGCAAGGCGUCCCUUGCUGCAGCUGCUGCAGCAGGAAGGAGUGUUGGCAGAUGAUUCGCCCCUGUUUGAUGGCCUCUCCGUCACUGAUAACCAGGACACUGAUUCUCAUCAUCGUCCCCUCUUCCCAUCGCCUCCCCGCCUGCCUUUUUAUAUUUCUCUCGCCUCCCUCCCUUUCCCGCUACUGCCCACACAGGACGAAGCCGUGGUGUCACUUGCCGCCCAGUGCCGGGCGGCAAAGCGUUCGUUGCAGCGGCUGCUGCAGCAGGAGGCGGUGCUGGCAGAUGACUCGCUCCUGUUUGACGGCCUAUCCGCUGUUGAUGACGUGGAUGCCGCCCUUGCCAGGCUGGCAGCCAUGCGGGAUGAGGUGAAGGGGGCUCAGGGGAAAAAGCACCACAGACGGGGGAGGGGAGGGGGGAAGGGGAGGGGGAGAAGUGGGGGGGAGGGUGCUGGGGAGAGUGGGGAAGGGACAGGGGGGGUUGCUGAGUGGGUGAUGGGGUGUGGAGGAGAGGGGGUUGGUGGUGGGAGUGGAGAGGGGGGGAACGUAGGGACCAUAGAGGAGGGUGAGGAUGAAGGGUAUGAGAGUGGGGAGGAGGAAGAGGAGGAAGAGGAAGGGGAGGCAUCGGAGAGAGGGAGACGCCCUUCUUUGGAAGGAGAUGGAGAGGGUAAGGCGAGUGGUGGGGAGGGAGAGGACAGGGGAACACAGGAGGAGGGCGGAAACACAACAGUCAAGGUUGGAGAAGUGAAGGAUGGGGAUAGCUCAUUUGGAGGAGAGGGGGGUGUGGUGGAAGGUGGGGGUGUGAUUGGAGCAGGAACUGGAGCAGUGGCAAUGGAGGGGAGGUUGGCUAAUGAGAUGCGUGCUGGUGGAGUGGCGGUAGGUGAUUCUGCUGCUUCUCCUGCUGGUGAGGGUGGAGUGGCAGAGCAGACAGAAGGGAACAGUGAGGUGUAUUUCUAA